UAUGAACUCAGCCUACAAGCGUCAGCGUCGUCGUUUUCAUGUGAAGCUAACCUUAAAUUGUUGGUAUUUAUUUUCGUGUUCAUAAUAAAGAUAAUAUUACUCUGACAUCGUGUCGUUGUUUUAAUUUAAUGGCUGGAAUCGAUAUAAUAAUAGAAGAGAAAAAGGAAGAUUCUGUUGAUCGACAGAAAGUAUGCCCUUUUCUGCUUCGUGUGUUCGUCUCUACCACGGGACAUCACCAUAAAAUGUCCGAAUAUAACAAGGGGAACGUGCCGCAGAAUGAGCUACAAAUUUAUACAUGGAAAGAUGCUACAUUAAAUGAAUUGGCACUUUUAGUUAAGGAAGUCAAUCCAGAAGCUAGACGUAAAGGAACAAAAUUUUCCUUUGCACUCGUGUAUCCUGAUAUUCGUACACCGAUGUACCGUAUGCGAGAAAUUGGCAGCACAAUGGCUGGGCAAAAAGGGCCUGAUGAUUUGAAAACAUUGUUGCAAGCUAGACUAUCUGUUGGGGACUAUAUGGAUAUUGCAAUCACACCAGCUGAUUCAUGGAAUGCAAAUGCAAGAAAAAACUAUUCCCAGUCGUACACUAAUCAUAGACAAAGACAAUAUUGAGUAUUAGAUAUUCAUUAAGUUGCAUUCUCAUAAACUGUAAUUUCUGAAAUUAUAAAGCUAAGUUUAAGCAAAAUUUCAAAUUAUUUAUUACAUUUACUACAAAA